AAGAAGAUAUAAGUGGCGGAAUGACAUGCUAUGGAAAUGAUACUUCUCUUAAUAUUACCAUUCCUGUUGUGAUGAUUCCAAAGUCAAGUGGUGAGGCUAUCAAGAAAUUAUUUGAAGCUGGACGGAAGGUGGAGCUUCUAUUGUACUCUCCUGACAGUCCAAAUGUGGACUGGUCACAGGUUUGUUUGUGGAUGAUGGCUGUUGGGACCGUUAUCUUGGCGUCUAUUUGGUCUGAUUUCAUUGCAUAUGAUAAAAAUGAUGAUCCCUAUAAUCGGUUGACACCAAAGGAAUCUUCAAAUGCCAGAAAAGCUGAUUCUGAGAAGGAAACCCUUGAUAUUAGUGUAAUGGGUGCUGUAAUAUUUGUCAUAACAGCAUCCUCCUUUCUGCUGCUACUCUACUAUUUUAUCUCGUCUUGGUUCGUCUGGGUGGUGAUUGUACUUUUCUGCAUCGGUAGUAUUGAGGGGACGCAUGCUUGCAUAGUAACUCUGAUAUCGAGAAUAUGCAGAAACUGUGAGCAGAAGACUGUAUGCCUUCCAAUGCUUGGGGAAACGCCCAUUCUCUCUAUUGUAGUAUUACCCUUCUGUGCGGCACUUGCCAUUUUCUGGGCAGUGAAUCAGCACGCAUCAUAUGCCUGGAUCUUUCAAGAUUUUCUUGGUAUCUGUUUGAUGAUUACAAUCCUGCAAGUUGCUAGGUUGCCAAAUGUAAUGGUUGCUUCAGUACUUCUUUGUUCUGCAUUUGUUUACGACAUAUUUUGGGUCUUUGUGUCGCCGUACAUCUUUGGUAAAAGUGUUAUGAUUACAGUUGCUCGUGGUGGUGGCUCUAGCAGUGAAUCCAUUCCUAUGGUUUUAAAAUUCCCUCGACUCAUUGAUCCAUGGGGUGGCUAUAACCUGAUUGGCUUUGGGGAUAUUCUCUUCCCUGGUUUACUUGUUUCCUUUACUUUGAGAUAUGACAUAUCAAAUAAGAAGGGUAUUUUAAAUGGAUAUUUCCUUUGGGCAACAAUUGGCUAUGGGUUUGGUCUUUUCCUUACGUACCUUGCCUUCUAUAUAAUGGACGGGCAUGGUCAACCUGCGCUUCUCUACCUUGUCCCAUGUACACUAGGGACUGUUGUGGCACUGAGCUUGUGGAGGGGUGAGCUGAAAGACAUAUGGAGCUAUAAGAGCCCACCAUUUAGUCGAUCUUCUGUAGCCGCUGAAGCAUAAUGUCGGUUCUAUUCAAAGCAAGACAAUAAACAGCCCCUUUGGAUGUGAUGAAGCUUCUAAUGUACAAGAGAUUGCAUUAGCAGACGCAAAUUCCUUCAUAACAAGGUCAACUCAUUGAGAGAUUGAAUACAGAUUUGAUAAAAUGAAAGAAGAAUUUUGAGGUUAAAGUGAGCAAUUAGUUAUCAUGUGUUAUGGUUUCAUUGUUUCUUUAAGCAAGGCGUCAGUUUUUGCCACUCUAUCUAGAAAUUGUAAUAUCUGGUAAUUAAUUACCUCUGCUAAUAUUAAUUGUAAGAAAUUCUACCACUAUUUAUUGGAAUUCUGUGA